AUGACACCAGCCGAUUCCGAGUCACACUCGUCUUUCAAGACACCCAUGGCAUAUGUCGCGCCUCCAGAGCGCCUCGACCUCGCAAUGUCAGAAGAUAUACUCAAGAAGGCACACAAUCUCACCUACGCACACCUGAACUGUCUUGAAUGUCACGGCAAGAGCGUCUUCGCGGGCAACAACUCUGUAAGCCUGCUCUUGAAUGCCCUGCGCAUCCACUGGAAGGUCGCUGGCAAGACUCUCCAGAACGUAUCGGAUCAAGGCAAAGAUCUCUACGAGUUCCUCGAACUGGAAGUGGACGGUCAGCGCAUUAUCAGCAACCUGUUCACUAGAGAGGCGAUCUACUACCUUCUGGGUCGCGAGUUUCCGGACGCCAUGAUGAUUCUGGCCGCUAUCGUACACAGCAUCUAUGUCUCGCAAUGGCGCAGCUGGUCCGUUGCACAAAACUACAAGCACGGGACGCAAAACCGUUUUAUCCUUAUCAUCUCUCAUGCUCAGGCAACAUCCAACCAGCUAAGCAACAACGUCCUGGCUUUCAAGAGCAACGCCGCCCCUGAAUUGAGAAAGUGGGCUGAGGAGACAGUGGCUCGCCAUCUGAUCGCCAUUGUCACCCCUGGACACUUGCCUCCCUCUUCUGCUCACAACAGCAACCAUCUUUCCGAUUCUCGUGAUUCGGCUCCAGGCUUGAGAGAAGCCAAAAACACCGCCAACCCUGCAACUCAGCCUGUCAAGAAAAACACUUCCCGCAACGGCUACGCAAUCGAAACAGGUCCCUACAACGAGCGCACCGAGGUUCCUUUUCGACCUAAGCCCUCGACCAAGCGCAAGGCUCCUGGCUCUAGGCCCAGCUAUCACAACUCACCAUCUAACAAGAGGAUCAGGGCCGAGGGCAAUGGCAGAUUCAGAGUAUCCGACACCUACAGGCCUACAAGUCCCCAACGUCCCGCCAUCAACAUUGGUCGUGACUCACCUAGCCGUCGUCGUCCUUACAACUUCCCAAGCACCCCUACCCCUAUCAAGUAUGUCGACCACCACGAGCAACGGGCUCUCGAUACACCCAGCCACGAAGCACUUCGCAAGGCCAAACUCCAGGAUCUACAGUCAAAGAUUGCCCAGCACAAAGUUGACGACAUGAGCCUCGACUUUGCAGACUCUGGCUUGGGUCCUAGUUCCAGCGGCCCUCACGAACACAACACUCCGGUUGUCAACGGACCAUCCUAUACCGACUAUCUCCGCAAGAAGGAGUUCAUUUUCGAGUCUCCCAUGACUGCCAACAAGGGUAGAACUCCCGGCCAUGUGCGCAUUGAGAGUUUCAUCGUUUCUGAGGAAGGUGAAAUCUUCGACUGA